AUGCAGCAUCAUGCCCCCUUCGGUUACGCAACCCCUCCGGCCUCCCCUGGUUUCGACAAUCCCAAGUGCGCCAUCCAACAACCCUAUGCCGCACCACGACACUUCCAGACCCGAUGCAUUCCCCUCGCCCCAGAGGAGAGACUAGGCCGCCUGCUUGAGGGCAAGCUCCAGUUGACGGACAUCCUUGGAACCGGCGCGUAUGGCGUCGUCUACCUGGCCGUCGACAUCAAGACCGGACAAAAGUACGCCGUGAAGUGCCUCAGCAAGUUCAACCCCGAUGGAACUCCCUUGGAACCCCGCCAGUGUGCCUACCAACAACGCGAGAUCCGUCUUCACUACCAGGCGUCCACACAUUCCAAUGUCGUGCAGAUGCUUAAGAUCGUGAGUGAUCCCGACUGCAUCUAUGUUAUUCUCGAGUACUGCCCCGAAGGGGACCUAUUCUUGAACAUCACAGAGCGCGGUCAAUACGUUGGUAAGGAUGAGCUCUCCAGGAACAUUUUCCUCCAGAUCCUGGAUGCCGUGGAGCACUGCCACAACCUGGGAAUCUACCACAGGGAUCUCAAGCCGGAGAACAUCUUGGUGACCAACCAUGGAGACACCGUCAAGCUGGCCGACUUUGGUCUCGCCACCUCAGAAGACCGCUCCGAGGAUUAUGGAUGCGGAUCAACCUUCUACAUGAGUCCAGAAUGUCUGGACCCCUCCACCAGGAAGCCAUACUACAUGUGCGCCCCCAAUGAUGUCUGGUCCCUGGGAGUGAUCCUCGUCAACCUCACGUGUGGACGCAACCCAUGGAAACAGGCUUCCUUCCAGGAUUCCACGUACCGGGCCUAUGCCGGUUCCAAGGAUUUCCUCAAGACCAUCCUCCCGUUGUCGGAAGAACUGAACGACAUUCUGGGCCGGAUCUUCAACCCCAUCCCCGAGCAGCGGAUCACUCUUCCUGAGCUCCGAACCAGGAUCAUGGCCUGCUCUCAAUUCACGGUGCCGCCGAUGUCGACCAUCGCGCCCCCGACACCCCCGGCUUCGCCCGACCACAUUAUCCAAUACGUUGACCACGAGGAUGCCAUCCUCGACGACUACGAGUACGACUCCCCUCUCUCUCCUGCCUCGUCAGACGACGAGGGCUCCCUCACAUCGAGCGGAUCUACCAUCGACGACCUUGACGACGAUGAUUUCCUCCAGGACCAGCAGCCGGACUACACGCACACUUACGACCCAGAGGAACCCCGGGAACAGCUCAUCUACCACAGCCAGGAAUUCGUGCCGCAGAAAUACUCCGGACCCGUUCCUGUCCCCGUGUCCAUGGUGGUUCCUACCCAACCCAUGCACUGUUCCCAGGUUCCCGUACCGGUCCAAAUCCAAGUUCAGGCGCCCAUUCCUGUCCAGGCUCCAUGCCACCCCAAAUCCUACUUCCCUAUCUGGGAUAUGGUAAAAUACGUUCAACAGGUGCCGAUGCUUCAGCACCAUGUUCCCUUCCACCAGCAGGUUCCCUUCAUGCCAACGUUCCAAGGCUGCUAUUAG